AUGCUAGUAAUUAAAGCAGAGGAAAACAUAUAUCCAAAAGAACCAAGUAUUGUACCUAAAAAUAUAGAUGAUAUUCGAUUUGAAAAGGUGUCANUACUAGAUAACCUAAAAUUAUUAAACAGUUAGAUAUCUAUGAUAAAAUCGAAUAAUGGGGAGAAUGGCUUUGGGUUAAAGCUUAAGCUAUAUUUUGGAUAUCAGUAGCAAUAGCUAUUGUUUAUUAUUCAAACUUUUUUAAAUAAUUGUUUCACAAUGAAAAUAUCAAUGAGUAAUCAAAAACAAUCAAAUUAGACUAUUUCUCACAUUUGCAUUAUUAUUUAUUGGCAUGAGUAUAAGCUUAUCAUUAUAUGCUGCAUUCUAUUUACCUUGUAUAAAAGGAAUAACUGAGGAUAUUGAAACAUACAAUCCAAAAGCUAUAUAAUUAGGUGCCUUUGCUGGCUUUAUGGGUUUUAUUACGUAUAUUAUUAGUUUUUUUAAUUUAGUUUAACCAUAGCUAUUUGGCCUGUUUUUGGAUGGUGGAGUUUUCCUAUGUUAUUUGCUAUGUUCUUAGGUUUUAUUAAUACAGGUCAUUUCUUACCAAAUCAUCAAUUAAGUGGACUCUUAUUUGGAGCCAUUUUUAUUGGAGCAUUUUUCUCACAUUAUUAUAUUGAUCAUGAUGGUUAUAUGCAUUGA